UUCAACAAAAUACAUAUAUCACAAAUAAAAAUGUUCUUUUUUAAAUCAUUUGUUAUAAGUAUUGUACUCCUACUUAUAAGUUUUAUAUGUGAAAUAGUUACAUUGGAAAAUAAUGAGUGCAACAAAAUUAUUAUUGAGGGCGGAGAGCAGGCGCUUCUACAACUAUUUAACGAUUUUAAAGAAAUAAAAACAACUAUGCAAGAUUUGAAGGCACAAUUUGAAGAUAAUCAAGAAAUUAAUGAAACCAAAAAUAAAGAUUUGCCAAUGUUUGAUAUACGUGUCGAUACUUUACCCAAAAAAUGCCAACGUGAUGCACUGCCCAAAGAUUGUGCUGAGGCCACAGCAUGUACUCAUCGCAGUGGAUUUUAUAAAAUCCAAAUUCCACCCUACACUGAGCCGCCAUUUUACGUUGAAUGUGAUGCCAAAACCGAAGAUGGCGACUGGAUUGUUAUACAAAGACGUCAAGAUGGUUCCGUUGAUUUUUAUCGCGAUUGGAAUGAGUAUGAACAGGGUUUUGGUGACAUAGAUGGUGAAUUCUUUAUCGGUUUGCAUAAGUUGUAUGCUCUGACCAACAACAAUGGUCCGCAAGAGUUGAUGGUCGUAAUGGAAGAUGUGAAUCUGAAGACGGCCUAUGCCAAAUAUGAUGCCUUCGCAAUUGCCAAUGCCUCGGAAAUGUACAAAUUAAAGAAAUUGGGAAGAUAUUCGGGCACAGCGGGUGAUUCCUUGCAGCAGUCGGUCGGUUUUAAAUUCACCACGAAGGAUCGUGAUAACGAUAACAGUAAUGAAAAUUGCGCCGUUGCUUAUAUAGGAGCAUGGUGGUAUAAUGCCUGUCAUUGGAGCAAUCUAAAUGGUCAAUAUGGUAAUAAUGAAUUUGGCAAAGGUGUGAAUUGGAAAACAUUUAGUACUUAUACUGCUUCGCUGAAAUUUGACAAAAUGAUGAUACGCCGACGUAGAGUUUAGUUGAUCUGAAUAAUCAAUGGUUUAUCUUUAUUCAAUUUGUUUUUAAAAUUAAAUUAUGUAACUAACUCGAUCGGUUUAACAUUUUUAUAAAACUUAUAAGAU